AUGGCCCAACGAGCCGACGACCCACACCUGCCACUAGGCAGUCGCAUCCGAUUAAUGGCUGAGAGUUUAAACAUACGCCGCAAAGUGGUGCAGGACGAACGGAGAAAGCGCAGCCUAGACCCCGACAAAGGGGCGGUAUCCAAGUCACUCAACUGCGCCAGGCGGAUUAUCAGUAUAGGAAUGAGCAUGGCGGAGAAGCCAUAUAGCGGGUGGGCUGGCGUGGAGGUGCUGCAGAGUGCAGUGAGCUAUAUUGUACAGUACAACCAGAUCAUUGAGGCCGAACCGAAGAGUGAGUUUAACAUGGAGGUCAUGAUCUUCUCUCAGCGUAUCACAGCGCUGCUCAAGGUGAAGAUAGGCGACCACCUCAAUAUGGCCCGUGAGUUCGAGCCACGGGCAGAACCCAAUGCUAG